AUGGGUAUAGACGACCCAUUCCGCAUCAGCCCCCAAAAUCAAGAGUACCAAGACUUUCUGCGUGACCCUGAUGCAAACUUUUGGAUGCAAAUUUCCGGUCUCCUAACCUUCAACCCAAGCCGACAGCGAGCCAAGCACAUCGUUCACCCCUGUUGGCGAAUUGUUCACCGAGUCCUUACGACGAGUAUCUUCGGGCGUCUCGAGCCCGGUCAAAUCAACAGAUGUGAGCUAUUUUUCCUCCGAAGCAUGAGGCGUGCACUCUCCCUCAGUUUUUCAGGCUUCUUUUUAGACAAAUGUGACUCCAUACGCCAACGUUCCUCAGGGGAAAUUUUCAUCGGGGGACUUAUCACGAUCAUAGGUCGAGCCGUCGGCCUAGACUUCCCGGAUCCCGAGUACAUACCUGUCGACACCCCACCGAACUUCCUGCUAGAUUGUGACACUCUCAUCCGGAUGGAGAUGUUGCUCGAUCGGGGAACCCGCACGUACAGUUGGUUAGACUCUGACAAAGCCCUGGUUUACAUCCUGCCAAGUUGGAUCGGUUCUUCAUUUGAUACAGGCAACCCCGACACUUGGCUUCCUCCAGAUCAAUUGACCCAAGCAGGUGUAUUCUCAGAAUUCGGUGAUGAUGAGGGUGACGACGCAGAGCAACAAGAGGAAGAAGAUGACGAAGAGAACGACGAGAUGCCCGAAGCUGAGGAUCAUUUUGACCAGCCCUCGAUGCAGCAGCCGAUGUUUCCGCAUGAUCAAUUCCAGGCCCCUCCACAUCAUUUUGACCAGCCGCAUCAGCAGGAGGGACACGAAGUUGCAUAA